AAUCAGUUUCUCAAACAGUUAGGCAUACAUCCUGACUGGCAAUUUGUAGAUGUUUAUGGUAUGGAACCAGAACUGCUUAGCAUGGUGCCGAGACCUGUCUGUGCAGUGCUACUACUCUUUCCAAUAACAGAAAAGUAUGAAACCUUCAGAACAGAAGAAGAAGAGAGAAUAAAAGCUAAGGGGCAAGAUGUCAAAUCAUCAGUGUAUUUCAUGAAGCAGACCAUUAACAAUGCUUGCGGAACAAUUGGACUAAUUCAUGCUAUUGCAAACAACAGAGAUAAAAUGAAUUUUGAAACUAAUUCUUCACUGAAAAAAUUCCUAGAAGAUUCAUUAUCUAUGACUCCUGAAGAGAGGGCCAAGUAUCUAGAAACUUAUGAAGCUAUUCGUGUCACUCAUGAAUCCAGUGCCCAUGAAGGUCAGACUGAGGUAUUCAAUUUUUUAAAAAAUUUUUUUAAUAACUACUUUGGUGGUGGUGGCACUGAGGAGCAGCAUGCCCUGGAAGAUGCUGAAGAUAGGAUGUGCGGGUCAUACAAGGAUAUUGACCUGUCCUGCAGG